CGCACCCGCGCAACACUCGCGCAAACCAUGUCUGUGCUGCUGGAAACGUCUCUCGGCGACAUCACCAUCGACCUGCUCGUCGACGACGCGCCAAGAUGCUGUGAGAACUUCCUCAAGCUCUGCAAGGCAAAGUACUACAACUUUGCCCCCGUGCACAGCGUCCAGCCAAACUUCUCCUUCCAGACGGGCGACCCCAUUGGGCCAAGCGGCCGGGACAGUGAUGGAGGCCGCUCGAUAUGGGGCCUGCUGGACCCCUCGCAGCCCGCGAAGAAGACGUUCGCGCCAGAGUUCAAGCCCCGCCUGAGGCACGAGAACAUGGGCACUGUCAGCAUGGCCACGGCGCCCAACCCAGACAACCCCGACGAGCGCUUCGCCGGCAGCCAGUUCAUCGUCACCCUCGGCCCCAACAUCGACUUCCUCGACGGCAAGGCGGCCGUGUUUGGCACCGUCGUCGAGGGCUUUGACGCGCUCGAGAAGAUCAACGGCGCCUACAUCGACGACAACGGCCAGCCGCUCAAGGACAUCCGCCUGCUGCAUACCGUUGUCCUGGACGACCCCUUCGACGACCCCCCUGGCUUCGUCGAGCCCCCUGAAAGUCCACUCCCCUCCGCAGCUCAGCUGGCCACCGUCCGCGUCGCUUAUGACGAAGACUUGGAAGAGGAAAACGACCCCGAGGCGCUGGAAAAAGUACGUCGGGAGCGAGAAGCGCGCGCCCAAGCCCUAACCCUCGAAAUGGUCGGCGACCUCCCCUUCGCCGAAGUCGCCCCGCCCGAGAACGUGCUCUUCGUAUGCAAGCUCAACCCCGUGACGCAAGACGAAGACCUAGAACUCAUCUUCUCGCGCUUCGGCAAGAUCCUCAACUGCGAAGUCAUCCGCGACAAAACCACCGGCGACAGCCUGCAGUACGCCUUCAUCGAGUUCUCAGACCAAAAGGAGUGCGAGCAAGCCUACUUCAAAAUGGAAGGCGUCCUCAUCGACGACCACCGCAUCCACGUCGACUUCUCCCAGAGCGUCUCCAAAAUCGCAGACGACUGGCGCGACGUGACGAACCUGAAGCGCCGCCGCGCCGCCGGAGGCUUCGGCGGCAUCGAUAACCUCGAGCGCAAGAAACAGUACCGCGACGGCGGCCGCCAGAUCGUAGCAGACUCCGUCGUUAAUCGCCUCGUCGUCGACGCCCAGCAUCGGUCUUCCUCCCACACGGAAUCGUCGCGCAAACCGAACGAUAGGGUUAGGACUGGUACACCCGACCGCUCCAGAGAUGAUAGUAAUAGGCGCCGCGAACGAAGGACUACCUACCAUGACGAUCGCUUCAAGCGGGAUCGCAGUCGUAGUCCCAGGCGUGAGAGACGUGACCACGCGGAUGGACGGUAUCAGGAUCGCAGGCGUGAGCGCACGAGGAGUCCCGACAGGCAGAGAGAGCGGUCGAGGAGGGAUGAGCGGGAGCGGGAGCGCAGGCGUUGA